CUUUAUUCAGCCGAGUCCACGAAAUCUCCAAGACUCACCUCCACGGCUUCUCUUCUUCUUCCUGUAUAAUGAUACAGAGUCUUUGGCACGUAUAGUGCGUCUUUCACUCCUUUUCUUCUCCGCUAGCACACAAUUGCGCCGGUGAAAGGUCGCAAUUGGAGCUCUCCGAGAUUCUCCCACCCGUAGUUCACGAGCACGCACGCUCCCACACCUCACGCAGACCUCACCCACCGAAUCGAUCCUCGAAGCAACCCUCUCGAGUGAGAUAACAGAAGAGCGCAGACACAAUGCCCGCCAAAUCGCGCUUCACGCGCCUCGACGCCUUUACCAAGACGGUGGAAGAUGCGCGCAUACGGACAACGUCGGGCGGCGUUGUCACGAUUACGAGCUUGAUUAUUAUUUUUUGGCUGGUGUGGGGCGAGUGGGCGGAUUAUCGGAGGGUUACGGUUCGGCCGGAGUUGGUGGUUGAUAAGGGGAGAGGCGAGAAGAUGGAGAUUUCGAUGAACAUUACAUUCCCCCGCAUGCCGUGCGAGCUGCUCACGCUCGAUGUUAUGGACGUCUCCGGCGAACUACAAAUGGGCGUCACACACGGCGUUAACAAAGUGCGCUUGACGCCCGAAAGCGAAGGAAACAAGGUCAUUGAGACGAAGACUCUGGAUCUCCACAGAGAUGAAGCCUCCCACCUCGACCCCAACUACUGCGGCGAAUGCUACGGCGCGCCCGCCCCCACCGCGGCCUCCAAACCCGGCUGCUGCAAUACGUGCGACGAGGUCCGCGACGCCUACGCCUCGAUAUCCUGGUCCUUCGGCCGCGGCGAGGGCGUUGAACAGUGCGACCGCGAGCACUACGCUGAGCACCUCGACGCGCAGCGCAAGGAAGGCUGCCGUCUCGAAGGCAGCAUCCGUGUCAAUAAAGUCGUCGGAAACUUCCACAUUGCGCCCGGCAAGUCGUUCUCCAACGGCAACCUGCACGUCCACGAUCUCGAGAACUAUUUCAAGGACGAGACGCACACGUUCACGCAUAAGAUCCAUCAUCUGCGGUUCGGCCCGCAGCUCAGUGACGCGGUGAUCCAAGAUAUGCAGCGGAAGCAUGCGAAUACGGGACCGGGCGGCUGGACAAACCAUCAUAUCAACCCGCUGGAUAACACCGAGCAGCAGACGAGCGAGAAGGCAUACAACUUCAUGUAUUUUAUCAAGGUAGUGAGCACGGCGUACUUGCCCCUUGGAUGGGAGAAGACGGCCCCGAGACCGAUGAAGCACGACGAGCUGCUCGGGGCGACGAUCGACGGAAGCUACAAAGGUAGCAUUGAGACGCAUCAGUACUCUGUUACUUCGCAUAAGCGGAGUCUUACUGGCGGAAACGAUGAGGAGGCGGGGCAUAAGGAGAGAAUACACGCGCGGGGAGGUAUUCCGGGGGUUUUCUUCUCUUACGACAUCUCCCCCAUGAAAGUCAUCAACCGCGAAGUCCGCGCAAAGUCCUUCUCCAGCUUCCUGGUCGGCAUCUGCGCCGUUAUCGGCGGCACGCUUACCGUGGCUGCGGCCGUGGAUCGCGCGCUCUACGAGGGCGCGAAUAAGAUCAAGAAGAUGCAUUCGCAAUGAUCAAUCGAAGACAUCUUAUUCUAUCUCUGCAUUUUAUUCGAGGGUCGGCCCGUCUUGGGAUUCGUAAGGUGUUUGGCGCAGGGUUCUAUUUCAGACUUAGGCUCGGGAAUGGGUAGAUUAUGAAUUUUUAGCGGUGGACGAGGGAGAAGGUGGUGUGGGGGCAUGGGAUAAGGAUAGGGGCGAGGAGGGACAAAGGUGGGUGUACAAUUUAGCAGGACAUGGGGCGAAUGCAUAUAUGCCCGAUAUGGUAGGCUAAGCUACGGUAGAUGAAAAUGGAUUGUCG